AAUCCCUGUGCUAUUCACAGAUAAAUCAAUUAUCCAAAUGCUAGAGUGGACUCAUGGAGCGAAGGAACAACGUGACAGAAUUCAUCCUGCUUGGCCUGACACGGAACCCAGAUGUGCAGAAACUCCUGCUGGCUGUGUUCACAGUGAUCUACUUCCUCACCGUGGCAGGCAACCUACUCAUUGUAGUGACAAUCACCACCAGCCGAGCCUUGGGCUCCCCCAUGUAUUUUUUUCUUUCUUUCUUGUCCUUUGUAGAUGGCUGCUGCUCUUCUGCCAUGCUCCCCAAAAUGAUAUUUGACUUACUCACUGAAAAGAAAACUAUCUCCUUCAAAGGGUGCAUGACUCAGCUCUUUGCUGAACAUUUCUUUGGGGGAGUUGAGAUCAUCCUGCUCACAGUCAUGGCCUAUGACCGCUAUGUGGCCAUCUGCAAGCCCCUGCACUACACAAUAACAAUGAACAGGCAAGUGUGUGGCCUCCUGGUGGCCAUGGCCUGGGCCGGAGGAUUUCUUCAUGCUCUGAUUCAAAUUCUUUUUAUAGUCUGGUUACCCUUCUGUGGCCCCAAUGUCAUUGACCAUUUCAUCUGUGAUCUUUUCCCUCUGCUAAAACUCUCCUGCUCUGACACUCACAUCUUCGGACUUUUUGUUGCUGCCAACAGUGGACUGAUGAGUAUGUUAAUUUUUUCUAUUCUUAUCACCUCUUAUGUCCACAUCCUUUGCUCCCUAAGAGCUCACAGUACUGAAGGACGGCAGAAGGCUCUCUCCACCUGUACCUCCCAUGUUACUGUCGUUGUCCUGUUCUUUGUACCCUGCAUAUUUGUGUACCUUCGGCCCAUGAUCACCUUCCCCAGUGAUAAAGUGGUGGCUCUGUUUUAUACUACGAUAACACCCAUGUUUAACCCUUUAAUCUACACCCUCAGAAACUCAGAGAUGAAAAAUGCCAUGAGAAAGCUCUGGAGCCAAAAACUAAUAGAGAAAAUCGAAAUAAAAUCUAUUCAUAUUUUAAGAACAAGUGUGACUAAUAGAAAGGAUAAUGGUCUUGAAGUCAAAAUAAUGUGA